AGGAAAAACCAGUACCCUUCAGGUGUGCAGUGGUGCAGUGGGUAAUAACUCACAAAUCACACAGGAAAUAUAAACUGCACUACGCACGUCCGGUGCGACGAGCUCUAACUGAAGAGGCUGCUGAUGACGAAAAUGGAUCUCAGAUCUCUCAUGUGAGAAAACACUCACCCAGUCAACCCUUCCGGGCAAGUACAAUUGAGUUAUACUUGCAUUAUCUAUCUUGAAGCAAGGGGUUGGUGGUAGUUUGCGCUCCUUUAUAAUAACAUUAUCUAUCUUGGAGCUUAAGGGACUGUACUCUAUAGCCAAAGUCUGCGUAUUAGAUAUCCCAAGUCCCAACCAUGGCUUUAAUAUGGACUUCACUUAUACUAGCUCUAGUCAUAUACAUGUUCCAUAGGUUACUAAACAUCAAGAACAGGAAAAAACUUCCACCAGGUCCAAUAGGAAUUCCCAUUUUGGGACAUCUCCACUUAAUAGGUAAAAAUCCACACCAAGAUUUUUAUAGAUUAGCCAAGAAAUAUGGCCCUUUUAUGUACAUGCGACUUGGGUUGGUACCAACAAUUGUUGUUUCUUCCCCUGAGACAGUUGAAAAAGUCCUCAAGACUUAUGAUCAUGUAUUUGCUAGUAGACCUCAUCACGAGGCCUCUCAAUAUAUAUGUUAUGGCCAAAGAAACUUGAUUUUCUCUAAAUAUGGAUCUUAUUGGAGGAACAUGAGAAAAUUAUGUACUUUGCAACUUCUGACUAGUCAAAAGAUUAAUUCAUAUCAAUCUUCAAGAAAGGAAGAAGUUUCCAUUUUGGUUAAAUCAAUCAAACAGGCUGCUCAAGAUGGUGUUGCUGUUGAUCUUAGUGCUAAAGUUUCAUCCUUGAAUGCAAACUUGAGUUGUUUAAUGGUUUUUGGUAAAAAGUUUAUGGAUGAAGAUUUGGACAAAAGGGGUUUUAAAUCUAUAGUUCAAGAAGUUGUACAUUUAGCUGCAACACCAAAUCUUGGUGAUUUCUUUCCUUAUCUUGGUGUUUUGGACCUUCAGGGACUUACUAGUAGGCUAAAGGCUCUUUCAAAGGUUUUUGAUGAGUUUCUUGAGAAGAUUAUUGAAGAACAUGUUCAUUCUAAGGAGCUGAGGGAAACAGAGGAUUUUGUAGAUACCAUGAUGGCCAUUAUGCAAUCUGGUGAAGCUGGAUUCGAGUUCGAUCGCCGCCAUAUCAAAGCUGUUCUAUUGGACAUGCUUAUGGCUUCAAUGGACACUUCAGCAACAUCAGUAGAAUGGAUACUCACUGAGCUACUUAGACAUCCUCAAGUGAUGAAGAAACUACAAAAGGAGUUAGAAGAAGUUGUUGGCCUGGACAGAAUGGUAGAAGAAUCAGACUUGGAGGAUUUAAAGUAUUUAGACAUGGUAAUAAAAGAAGCUCUAAGGCUGCAUUCAGCUGCACCAUUACUGGUUCAUGAGUCCAUAGAAGACUGCGAGGUCGAUGGCUUCUACGUACAAAAGGGAUCGCGAAUUAUUGUCAAUGUAUAUGCAGCUCAAAGGGAUCAUAAUGCCUGGCCUGAACCAGACAAGUUUUUCCCAGAAAGAUUUGUUCAAAGCAGCGUAGAUCUUCGUGGACACGACUUUCAACUUCUACCAUUUGGCUCUGGUAGAAGAAGUUGCCCUGGUAUGCAGUUGGGAAUCACAAUUGUUCGCCUUGUGGUCGCGCAAUUGGUGCAUUGCUUUGACUGGCAACUUCCAAAUGGUAUGCAGCCUAGUGAAUUGGACAUGAGUGAGAAAUUUGGUGUUGUAACUUGUAGGGCAAAGCAUCUGAUGGCAAUUCCUACAUACAGACUCCACUAUAGCUGAUUUAACGCCGGCGAGGAUAACCGGGCACGUGGGCAUCGGCGACCAACAGGGAAUGCGUCCGGCACCCCUAAACUCCAUUAACGAAGGCUUCUCAUCUCAAUUUAACUAUGCAGCAGCAGUAGAAGGCAAAGUCAAUGGUCCUGGACCGAAGGGUGUUCAACUACAAAGUCUGAAAAAUGCCAACAUUAAUUUGGUUGUGACUGACGAUGAAAAAGAUAAGGGGGCAAAGAGAAAAAAAAGGACCUGGUGUUGGCUUAAUAGGAAGUUUAUUUUGUGUAUUGUGUUUUGUCUUUGAUGUUAUAUGUUGAUUACUGCCUAAUCCAAGUAGGCAACUUGGAGAUUGAUCAAAUGAAG